AGUAGGAAAGCUUGUUCCUGUCUCCUCUUAUCCUUUUUCGUCCCCUUCCUGGUUCUCUCUCCCUCCUUCCCCUCUGCUUCUCUUUUUCCUACUGCUGUCCCAGAUACGGGCCAUUUUCCGGGCCGGGCGCAUUGAAGCGCGCGGCCCCGGGCCCAGUAUAUGACCCGCUGUCCUACUACCCCUCGCUUCCCGCGCCCCAUGAGGCUGCGGGGUCGCGGCGGCGCUGCCCACUAUGGCCCGGAAAGCAGUUAGCAGGAAGCGGAAAGCGCCUGCCUCGCCAGGAACUGGGAGCGACGGUCAGGGUCAGCAGUUUGCCUGGGAUCAUUCACUUCACAAAAAGAAAAGACUCCCCACAGUGAAGAGAUCCUUAGUGUAUUACCUGAAGAAUCGGGAAGUCAGACUACAGAAUGAGACCAACUACUGUCGAGUGUUGCAUGGUUACGCAGCACAGCAGCUUCCCAGUCUCCUGAAGGAAAGAGAGUUUCAGCUUGGGACCCUUAAUAAAGUAUUUGCAUCGCAGUGGUUGAAUCAUAGGCAAGUGGUGUGUGGAACAAAGUGCAACACACUCUUUGUAGUAGAUGUCGAGACAAGCCAGAUCACCAAGAUCCCCAUUUUGAAGGACCGAGAGCCUGGAGGUGUGACCCAGCAGGGUUGUGGCAUCCAUGCAAUUGAGCUGAAUCCCUCUAGAACACUGCUGGCCACAGGAGGAGACAACCCCAACAGUCUCGCCAUCUAUCGACUGCCUACACUAGAUCCUGUGUGUGUGGGAGAUGAUGGACACAAGGACUGGAUCUUUUCCAUUGCAUGGAUCAGCGAUACUAUGGCAGUGUCUGGCUCACGCGAUGGUUCUAUGGGACUCUGGGAGGUGACUGAUGAUGUGUUGACCAAGAGUGAUACCAGGCACAGUGCAUCACAGGUCCCUGUAUAUGCUCACAUCGCUCACAAGGCCUUAAAGGACAUCCCAAAGGAGGACACAAACCCUGAUAACUGCAAGGUCCGGGCUUUGGCCUUCAACAAUAAGAACAAGGAAUUGGGAGCAGUGUCUCUGGAUGGCUACUUUCAUCUCUGGAAGGCUGAAAACACAUUGUGUAAGCUUCUUUCCACCAAACUGCCAUAUUGGCGGGAGAACGUGUGUCUGGCCUAUGGUAGUGAAUGGUCAGUGUACGCAGUGGGCUCCCAAGCUCAUGUCUCCUUCCUGGAUCCACGGCAGCCGUCAAACAAUGUCAAGUCUGUGUGCUCCAGGGAACGAGGCAGUGGAAUCCGAUCCGUGAGCUUCUAUGAGCACAUCAUCACUGUGGGCACAGGGCAGGGCUCCCUGCUCUUCUAUGACAUCCGAGCUCAGAGGUUUCUGGAAGAAAGACUCUCAGCUUGUUAUGGGUCCAAGCCCAGGCUAGCAGGGGAAAAUCUGAAACUAACCACUGGCAAAGGUUGGCUGAAUCAUGAUGAAACAUGGAGGAACUACUUUUCAGACAUUGAUUUCUUCCCCAACGCUGUUUACACCCACUGCUACGACUCGUCAGGAACGAAACUCUUUGUGGCAGGAGGUCCCCUCCCUUCAGGGCUCCAUGGGAACUACGCUGGGCUCUGGAGUUAAUGACAACUAACUUUCUCCCAAAAUGCAGAUUUACACUAACAUCCGCCCUCGGUUUCCUUGUUCUUCUGAUUUCUCCCCCCCCCCCCGCCCCUCCCCCCAGCUGCGUGAGGUUUUUCUGUUUUAGUGGGAACACCAAGUUUGCCAGUGGUUUAGGUACUCAAUAGGAAGAUGCUGUGUACAGACAUCCAGAGGGUGUUUUCAUUGUUUGUUUUCUUCUUCUUCUUCUUCUUCUUCUUCUUCUUCUUCUUCUUCUUCUUCUUCUUCUUCAUCUCCUCCUCCUCCUCCUCCUCCACCCAUCUGGGUACUCAGUGUUUUAUUAGUGUUUUUUUUUCCUUUCUAACUUCUCAACCAAAUGUUGUUGCAAAUCUUGUUUGUAUUUUUUAAGUGAUGCAUCCUCUUCCCUCUUUGGCUUCAUUCAGUUGAAAUGACAUAGUCAUUCUCACCUUACUUCACUCUCAAGAGGUGGGGCCUCCUUUAUAAUUAAUGGAAGCUAUCAGACUUUCUGUGAAAGUCUGGGAGCUGUGUGUGUGCGCGCGCGCGCGUGUGCGUGUGAACUUGUGUGCCUAUAGGUUCUGUGUCACUGAAAUUACCUGGAGUGAGGAGUACUUGUAAUUAAAAUAUUUAUAAAAGAAGCAACUUUAUUCAGAGUCCAGCUUUGGGACUGGUCUAUAUCUUGUUUUCUAAAGUCUAACAACAUGAUAGUAGAAAGUAAAGCCAGAAAAAAAAAUCACUACUGGGAAUACCCUUUGAGUUUGAGGUUUCCGUGCCAGGACUCUGAAGUGACCUAUGCUACCUUCCUUCGCACCUACCUGUCCCCCGGGUGAGUACACUUAGGUGUGUAUGUCACUUCUGCCUGGCAGCCUCCCAUCUGCUUAGUGGCCAUUUCCCUAAAACAUUAAUGCAGCUCCUGAGGCUGUAGAAAGAUUUGGCAAAGAGAAUUGCAUCCCAGUCUCCUUCUCCCUACCCUCAAAUAAGAUCUAGUCUGGCAUUUCAGAGGCCAAGGAUGGGGUCUCAAGUCUGUUAAGAUUCCCAUAUGUAGGCCUCUUGGCUUUUAGGAGAAACUUGUCUACAUUCUUCCAGUCUUCCCAUUGGGUUUUGCUGCUGUCUUCUAAAUUGGGUUUGGUCUAAGGGGGGGUGUCAUCUGUGUGCAGUGAAUGCCUCAUGUUUGGAGGAUUUGUUUCCUCAAUGCAGUGGCACUUAGGACUGGAGUCACCUUUCCUACUCCCGUGGCUCAGCCCCAGUGUGGUGAGAAGGUGGCCUGUAGCCAGCAUCAUUGUGCGUGUAGUACCACAGAUACAAUUAGUUACAUGUCUGUACCUCCCUCGAACCAUUUAGUCUUUUAAACUUGCAGGUAACCAUCUGUGAUGUCCAGUUGUUCCCUGCUUUUUAUUCAUCAUACUGAAGACAACUGUGUUCCUACCCACAGAAUCCUCCCCUAAGCAAAUACACUGCUUCUCUGGCAAUGUCCAAUCCUGGGGAAUAGAAAAGUCGUAUUUGUUCCUGUACCCCAGUGUCUUAGUUGCUCUCACAGUUAUCCUGCCCCUCUCCUCCAGGUGCACACAGCCAUCUCUGAGCCUCCAGGGGAGGUUGGAAAGAGAAGAGUCCUGUCUUCAGAACAGUGAGAACUGUUGGGUGGGGGAGGGAUAAGCAGUCUUUCCUGCCUUGGUGGUGCACAACGUAAACCACUGAUUCUGAAAUUCUUACCGUCUAACCUAGAGAAAUAGGUGCUAUACACAAGGAAUUAAGCAAAAUACUGGAUGCUGGAAAUUUUUGUCUUAAUUUGUUUUCUAUUAUUAAACUACAGGCUGUAGAUUUCUUAGUUCUCACAGAACUUCUAUCAUUUUAAACUGACUUGUAUAUUUAAAAAAAAAUCUUAAGUAGGAUGUUUUGUACUGUUGCCAGACCCUCUUCUGUGAUGGGUAAUGCGUUUGAUCAUUUGAGAUUUUCUGUUUUUAAGAAUGUAGCAAUUGAAUUUUUGCCAAGAAAAAAUAAAUAUUACUCCAAUGCA